UACUAAUAAUAGUUUGUACAUCACUACACGACCAGAAUACACAUGAGCAGGAACGCAGUCAUCGUUAUUACAUCCAUGCUUCCCCCACCUUGACAAGUCACAGUAUCUGCUGUAAAAACGGUAUUUCUGGUGAACCAAGAAAAAGCUAUCUUGCAACAGAGAAACGUAUCAACAUUUGCUGACUGGUUUGCUGUCAUGGUCUACUGGGACACCUAAUGGAACUGAAGCAUCAUUUAUUUCAUGUGUUCUUCCCUCAUGUAAGCACUCAUGUUCAAACUAAAUUGUUAGGACUCAGCUAAUUACAGUUUUGCAAGACAUGAAAUGUGUCAUUCUUAAGUUAUGCUUAAUUUGCAAGCUGAGUAUUGCUAAAUACUAAAUUAAAUAUGUUUUCACUGUCUUAAAAAGCACCUUUUAAUAACAAGCUCUCUUUAUAGUAUAAAACGUCGGCAUUCUUUCUUGUUGCAGUAUCGCUACUGCUGUUCAGUAAUCAUUGACUGAACCUUCAACAGCAUUGUCAGAAGUUCAAAACACAAUAACUGUACAGCCCUUCUUGUUAGCUGAUUGGUUACCUUCCUCUGUUAUGUCAGUUCGAGUCGACGCCCCCUUUUCAGAUGUUGUUAAAAGUUGUUGCUGAAACACAGGAAGCCAGCCGAAGUCGCAGUAGACCACACAAGCUCAGGGAAAGUAGCUUCACCACAAACAUCGAUCAAACCAUCACAAAAUAUUUCUUGGAAUACACUGAGCACCAAACAUGAUGAUAGCAAAAGUUCCCUCCAAGCUGCAGUCACAGCCGUCGUCUCCGCAGCCUCGAUGCUCGUCACCUUCUGUCCCCACCAGUAAGCUCAUCUCUCCCUCGCAGAAACACAGCAAGAAAGCUUUGAAACAGGCCUUGAAGCAGCAGCAGCAGAGAAACCAGCGCAGACAGGGGGGAAUGCCAACCGCCUCCAGCCCUAGACUGCUUCUGAAGACCAUCAAAGAUAUGGCUGAUAACAUUACAACAAAGACUGACUUAUGCCAUCCAGUCGUGCCCAGGAAGGUUUCCCAGAGGUCUGGUCGCCUCAGUGCAGGGCAGAUAAAACGUACCAAGUGUAAAAUAGAUGUGGAGACACCAGACUCUAUUUUGGUCAACACCAACCUGCGAGCGAUCAUCAACAAGCACACCUUCUCUGUGUUGCCUCCAGACUGCCAACAGAGGCUGCUCAAACUUCUUCCUGAAGUUGACCGCCAGGCUUGCUUGGACGGCCUUCUGAAGGUCACUAGCUCUGCCUUAAACAAUGAGUUUUUCACAUCAGCAGCACAGUCUUGGAAGGAGAGACUCGCUGAAGGGGAAUUCACUCCUGAGUUGCAGCUCAGAAUGCGGCAGGAAAUUGAGAAGGAAAAAAAAGUUGAGCACUGGAAGGAGGCCUUCUUCGAAAACUAUUAUGGGGAAAAUUCGGGGCUCAGCUAUGAGGAAUCCAAAGAGCUGACAAAGGCUGAUCUGAAUCAGGAGUCUGCCAGGCCCCAUUCCCUCCCUCAUCAAACAGGGCCUGUCGCUCAAGCACUGGAGGAAACCAAGUGCACCAAGGACAGCAGUCACACUAAUGCUGCUGCUAAAGACGUGAAGCCAACUCAGACAUCAUCACAGGAGCCUCUGAAAGCACUGCCUGCUCACAAAGAGUCCGUCUCCGCCCCAGAGCCCAUGAAGACGCGGCGCUCACAGUAUGCUGAGGAUCGUAAGUUGAACGCAGCUGGGCCUGCAGCGAGAGCACCAGAGGCUGGCAGAAAAACUGACUGGGGUGCAGCAUGUACACUGCCUGAAAAGGAGCCUAAAGAGGACACGAAAGAGGAGAAAACUGAACUCCCUCAGUCGCCCGUGAAGAAAAACCCUCCACCGAAGACUGGUUCAGAGUCAAAGGAGGAUCAGUCGCCGUGUGUGGUUAAACCUGCUGUGGAGAGCGAAGAGGUCAACUCUGAGCCCAGUGGACCCUCAGAACCACUGAAAAGGAAAUCUCUCAGUGAGACAGAGGGUGAACUGACACCAGAGAAAAGACCUCGAAUGUCCUCAGUGUCCUCGGUGUCUUCAGUCUCCUCUGUGUCUCCGUCUCCAUCAUCUAUAUCCAGCCCUGCUACGCCAACUCCAUCGACAAAUCAGAGGGUUCCACCACUUAAGAUCCCGGUUUCACGAAUUCUCCCUGUUCCAGUGUCACCAAGCCAGAGCUCACCAAGGACUCCUCUUCCCGCCCCACUCAGCAGCCCUGGCCGAACCGGUGCUCGCACUUUGGCUGACAUCAAAGCCAAAGCUCAGCUUGCCCGAGCGCAGAGAGCAGCAGCAGCCGCAGUAUCAUCUGCAUCAAAGGGAGCGGUGCCAGGCCCAGGGCCAGGGGGAGGCAGUGGUGAGCAGACACAGCCAUCACCCAGCCCCAGCCCGACGUCCCCACUGGCACCAACCAGGUUAGCAGCCACCAGCAGUAACAGCAGCUACAGCAGCACACCUUCUCCUCGCCCAGUGGACUCUUUCGGUCAGCUUAGCCCAAACCAAUCUCAAACAUCUUACUCGAGCAAAAGCGAUGACAAACACAAAAGUCAGUCUGCUGGUACGGGAUCCCAGAGUGUCCAACGGAGCUCAGAUGCAGCACAGCCUUCAUCUGUGCAUGCUAUGAAGGAACAGGAAAUCCCGUCAGCUGCCGGAUCAUCCAACAGAACAAGCUCCUGCAUCCCUGCAAACAACCCGCUGGUCACUCAGCUUCUACAGGGCAAAGAGGUUCCACUGGAGCAGAUCCUUCCAAAACCGCUGUCUAAGGUGGAAGUGAAGAUGUCAAACUUGCCCUCUGGUAGUAAGAGUAAAACAUCUCAGUCUGCAGACCACAGGGCGGAUAAGCAGAUGUCUCAGCAGUUCAGUGCAGCCGGUCGAGUUUUGUCAGAAUACACAAAACAUCACAGGGAACUUCCUGACAAAGAAACACAGGAGCAGAUUCUACAGGCUCUAAUGCAGAGGAAAGUCCAGCAGGGCCAGCCUUAUCGAGGUUUGGCGCCUCAGCCGCCUCAGUACAAAGUACAUCAGCUGAUGCACGCAGAAGAGCGUCUGGACCAGUCCAGGAUUUCUGUCGGCUUUUUGGGUAGAAAGAGGAUGCCGAGGCCCGCCAUGACCGGACAUUACCUGCUCAAUGUGUCCACCUACGGAAGAGGACCAGAGAGCAAGAGACUGCACCUGUCUGUCAUCCCCAACACGUCUGUAUCCGGUUUAAAAAGGGAAAGCACAGACGGAGAGGAGGCGGCCAAGGAGGAAGAAUCAGCCAGGAAAGUUUUCUCGUCUGUUUCUGGGGUGAAAACGGAGCAGCAGGGAUGCUCAGUGACCAAGUCGGACGACGUAGCGAGCUUUCAGCGCUACUCCAGCGUAAAGACUGAGCCUGGAUUGGAGGACAGUGCAGCUGCCGGUGACAACAGCAGCACCAGCGCGACAGCCAAAGACACCAGCCCUUUCUCUCAGUCACACCGAAGGCACCUCGAACUCUGCAAUAGUAAUCAAGGAAACUCUGAGCCAUAUCUCACCCACGUGGACCCCAGUCACCAGCGGCCGACUGCCUUUCAAACCCAGAGAACACUCGAUAAUCAGGAACCUGUGGUAGCUUCAUGCUACGGAGGCACCAUCAGCAUGUCCGUACCUCACACUUUGAACCACGGCACUGCAGGCACCGGCUCUUCCACGUCCUCGUCGGAGGCAGACGGCAGUGGCGUCCACGGGAGCGUCAUGUCCUUCUCAGUGACCGUCACCACCAUACCCGCCGGUCACGCGUUAGACCACGGCAACCAGGGCGAGCCUUCCCCCGAACAGUCAUUCAUUGAGAGCUCCAACAUGGAGGACGUCCAAUCUAAAUGCUACUGCCGACUGAAGGCGAUGAUCAUGUGCAAAGGGUGCGGAGCCUUUUGCCACGAUGACUGUAUCGGCCCCUCGAAACUGUGCGUGUCGUGUUUAGUGGUACGGUGAUAUGAAAUGAAUAAUAACUACAGAGUCUCAUGGUUUGAUUUGUAAUCGCGGCACAAAGCAGGUCAUUUAGAAUCAAUACCGAAAGAGGCGAAGCGUGUUAGCCGUGCUUCAGACAAAACAGCCAGCAUCUGGUCGCUGUUGGAAAGGCAAGGAUUUACACUGGAUGGUCUUGUUUUUCCACCAACAUCUAAGAAAAGUUGUUUUGUGCAAUUUGUGUAGUAGAAAUGCCAAUCCGUUUUCAAUCAGAUUAGUCGUCUGUCAGAUGUGAGAGAAAUCUAAAGUCUGACAAUGUUUGCACUCGGCUAGAUUAGUGUGAUAUAUUUUUUUAAAUAUAUAUAUAUAUAUGUGUGUGUGUAGUUUUUAAAAAAGGAGGGAAAAUGAAUGUUGCUAUUUUUUUAGAACAUAAUGACUGUUGUUGUGCUUUAGACUGACACUUUUUAUUAUUGGGCCUAAUCAGUUAUGGUUUAAAGGCAAAAAAAAAAAAAAGGACGCUGAUGAUAAUCAUUGGUUGUAGAGUACCUCCUAUUUGGCAUUUAUGCACGCGUGGCAGGGAAGUGCAACUUACAGUAACUAUUUUAUAUAUUAAACUGUACAUUUAUUACUGAACACACUCAGAUUUAAGAACUAGAAAGAACAUGUAUAGUUUUAGUAAGACAAUAUAAAAUGAUUUUUGAACGAUACUUUAUAAAAAUCAACUCGUGAGGAUUGCACAUCACAUCAUUUUUUUUGACUAACAGUUACAGGGCGAAGCACUUGAAGACCACCUGGAUAUAAGACAGUAACUGUGUACAGCACUUAAAUUCAAACAUAGGGAAAAGAAGAAUCAUUCAUAUAUAUAAAACGCCUAUAUAUAAAUACAUAUAUAUAUAUAUAUAUUCCUUUUGGCAAACUGAGAUCUUUUCCAUUUCAGGUGAAGGUCUUAAGCCACUUCCUACUGUGUAAACCUGCAUUUUCUCCACAAAGAGCUGGUUUGUAGAUAAAGUCUCGCUUGAAGUGGGGUUUCUCAUGCUUGUAUGUCUGUAUAGGUAGAUCAGCAGUGGCAAACUUCAAAAAAAAAAAACAAGAAAACACUCAAGUCAAGGAGAGAAAAUGAAGACAUUUUUGUUUUUUCACUGUAAAUACUUGCUCAUUCAUGGUAUUUGCCUAGAUGUAGAAAUUAAUGUUAUUUUAUUCUUGCAACACACCUUGCUUGAGCUUAACCGGCUAUCAUUUAUGGCAAAAUAAUUUUUUACUGUGCAAAGAAAACAGAGAAGAACAGUAAAUUAUGCUAGAACGCUAAAUGCUGUGUCAAAGGAUGACUCAGCGUAGCGUGCGUCGGUCUUAUUUGGAGGUACAGUAGGCCACCGAUUAAUAGGCGAGUGUCACGCUUCUCGUUAACAUGGCCUUUUUCCUGGUAAUUGAGAGUUUUUCUCCAUUUUUUUUAAUGUGGUAUGAAGUAUUGUGCGCCCAAAAAAAGUCCUGUUUCUUUAAUGCACAAUAGUGUGUAUGUGAUGUACAGCACACUGGUGGUGUGAACACUGUUGUUACAACCUUUUGUAAGCACGUUCUGACGAUGUUAACGCAACACAAUGCUUACUUUACCACCGGUUAACGUGUAAAAAAGGCCAGUGUGAGUUGUUACCUCAACAGGUUAUUCGAGUGUUGGUUACACAAAAAAAAAGAAAAAGAAAAGACGCAUCAAUUAUAUUUCUCCUAACGGUGCAAAACAGGCCUGUUUUAUAGCAAUUAUUUCCAAGGUAAUAUGCCAAAGUCACCUUAAAGAAAACACGAAUAAUCAGAAGUUGUUUUUAAUGUCUGACUAGUUAAUCAAAGUAAUAUAUUUUAAUUAAUAUAUUUUAAUAUAAAAGAUCUAUUUGCUAAUUGUUUUUGACAAAUCAACAGGGUAUUUACUAUAAUAAUAUAUUGGCUGUCCGUUUUUUCCUAUCAUUUUGUUUGGACUGGACAGACCACCAUGCAGAAUAACUUGACUUUGUAAUUCAAAUUGCCCAGGUAUCUGAUGUUCUGUAUGGCCCAGGUUUUUGCAAUCAAUCCGUUGGUCUAUAUAUUUCCAUGAAAAUGUUGUAACGUGUGUAUCCUUAUAGUUUGUGUCAUUACUUUAUAAAAAACAAAAAUGUACGUUCUUAAAGCACCACUUAUUUUUUUUUUUUUUAAAGUUAGUGAAAUAAUCCGAGUCCAUUCUUAAAUGUAUUCUUAUUGAAUUGGGGUGUAUGUCUUGUGGAAAUUUAGGGUUAGAAUCUGGAAGGGUUCCCACAUAUUUAGCGUUGACAUUUCACUGAAACUGGUUCACCAGUAUUUGAUUUUGUUCAAACACAAUUUAUGUAUCUCCCCCCCUCAGUAAAUAUUUAGGUUUUAUUUGGUUGAAUGUGAUAUUAGAAUGCUGUAUUUACUCAUGUAGAGGUGGGGACUGGAUUGCACUGCAAAAAAAAAAAAAGAUAGCAAAAAUAUUCAAUCACAACCCUAAAGGCAGCUGAAAUCUUUGUUAAUAAGGACUGAAACAUGAAUCAGGCAGCAGUCCCCACUAUGACUAAGGUUACCUGUUGAUGUGCAUUUAGAAGAGCAGUUCAUGUUCAAUGGGCUCGUGUGUGGGGGGGGGGGGGGGGGUCAUGGGCAGUCACCACCGUUUUUAAAAUGUCACGUUUGGCACUAGGUGAAUUUGUUUAAUAUGUCUGUGUCAUUUUGUCUCCAUUUAAACUCCGGGUGAAUGUAAUAUAGUAAUCAGCACUUGUAAACAAAGUGUAUUUUAUCAAAAGUUAUAGACUAUUAUGAAUAAAUAAUGAAAAGAAAAA